UAGGCUUGCAGGAUGAUCGAAAGUGGUUGCUCAACCUCGCUUGUAGGGUAUUUCUUGAUCAUUACAUUCAGAACGGAAUUUUCGUUUUGUUUAUCGAAAAUAAAAUAACAAGGUUACGCGUAUUUUACCUUGGAAUCGUAGUCUACGACACUCUCUGCAGCAAAGGAGGUUCGACAAAUCAUUCAAGAUUCAGAGCCAUUCCUACCCCUGCCUGGUGUGCACGAUGGCUUUUCCGCUCUCGUUUGCCUAGAGGUUAGCUCGAGGACCUAUACAUGACCGUAGUCGGGAGUAGCGCCUCUAUCCUAGAACAAGAAGAUCUCGGGCUACUCUCCCAUGGCCAGACGCGAGCAAAUGCUAAAAGGAUUUCUGUCUUGGCGGCGCUUCCUGAAUACGAAAAUGCCCGCGUGGAGUCUGGAGUUGCUGGGUUGUAUAGAGAAGAUCAGGUACAACCAAGAGAUGCGGGCAUCUCUCUGGCUGGCAAAGAUGUUGUUAGUCGUGAGGUCAUCCGCAGUCAAAGAUUAGCAGUUGUCAAGGCACGAAGCCGGAUUAAAAGCGACAUAAAAUUAUUGCUCGGACAAAUGCUUUCCAGACGGACGGCUAUAAUGAGACCAUUCAACGCGUGAAUGAGGCACACGAGGCUGUCUUUUUUGAGAGACUGGUGCCUAAGGAGCAGGCCUCCCGGUUAAUUAAAGAUCUUGCGCCUAUGCUUGUUCUGCUUAACAUGGUCGAGGCUGGAGCUACUCCAUCUUUUGGCGCCAAAGCAGGCACGAGAAAUGGGUUUCAAGGCCAUGAUUUUUCCCUUCGUAAUCAUUGAACCU